GUAGUCGCGUUGUUAUAGAGAUGCGUUUAAACAGAAUCUUAAAAUCAGCGAACGAGUUGCAAUAAGUCGAUCGACGCGACAGCAUGUCGGCGUCCCAUUGGUUUCGAUAGGAUAUUUCAUUAUCAUCGGUAUGGCGAGUUUACCCCUUUUACCGGGAUACACUUUUCGAGACAUUACCGUCAAGGAUUACAAAUUGCCGCACAAGCUCGACACUUUAAAUGGCUUUCCUGUGGUACGCGAUACCAAUUACGGCAUCGGAAGAAGAUUAACGGACGCAGCAUCCGUUCGAUACGCCGAAGGUCUAGAUCCUGUAGAAUAUGAUAUAUCAUCGAUUUAUGGUCGGGUGCCUUGCUACGUGUAUCGGCAAUUUGUACCGCAUUACUCGCUGUUCGCGCAGAAGUGCCUCCGCUUUAAGGCCUUUUUCCGCCAAGGAGUCUUCAACUCCCCGGACGAGCAUUAUCGCGUUCGCCAUGUAGACAUCAUGUAUUAUUUGGAAGACGACACGUUCUGCGUGAUAGAGCCCGUGGUGAAGAACGCUGGUUUCCAGCAGGGCAAGCUGGUGAGACGCAACAGGAUCCCGAAGAAUGCCAAGGGAGAUCUGUUCAUCUGGAAGGAUUUCAAUGUCGGGAUCGAUGUUUGCAUCUACGGCGUGGUUUAUCACAUCGUCGACUGUGAUCCGUUCACCAGGGAAUUCCUGACGAGUCAAGGCGUCGACGUCGGUGAAAAGGAGAGCCUUCCCGCGGAUCCUUAUAUGGAGCAACGCGACGCCAAGUGCGGAACACCAACGAAGAUCACGCGGGUAGGCGACGAUAAAAGGCGACGCUUCCUGGAGUACGACGGUAUGGUGCUGUCUUUCGAUGCCACGUGGAACGACGAUCGCUACAAGGUGUUGUAUUUCCUGACGGACGACACCGUGGCGAUCCGGGAGAUUCACGAGCCGAACGACGGCAAGGAUCCCGUGGCGAUGCUGCUGAAGCGGAUGCGCGUGCCCAAGAACUGGCAGAAUUUGCCGUCCUGGCACCCGAGUAUCUGUAUGGAAUACGGAGAUCCCGAGGUCAUGGAGUACUGCACACCGCGAGAUUUUAGAAUAGGCGAAACGAUCCUCCUAUUCGGACGACGCUUCCUGCUACAUGACUGCGAUGCUUUCACGCGUAAAUAUUACUCCGCCAUGCUGGGUACACCGCAACCGGACGCGAUUCCGAUUCCCGCGAGAGUGGAAAGGCCGGCACCGAGGUACGAGGUACCGCCGCACAUAAAAUUCGGCAGCCCCGAGGACACGUACGCCAGUUGUUUGUCGUUCGUGCCGAAGCCACCCAAGAAGAACGUUACUCGCCAGCUGGUGAACUUCCCGAAGAAGCUGCGUUACUCCGCGCGAAUGGACGCGACACACCCGGAGGACGAGGGUCGCGACUUCGUGAUGGUGUACAGCCUGAGCGACGGUACCGUUCAAAUCAACGAGAUCGAGAAGCGCAACUCUGGCCGACGCGAGGGUUGCUUCCUGUCCUUCAGGCUGAUUCCGAAGCCGUGCACGGGUAAGGACGAUCCGGAGUACUACACGCCGCGGGACUUUUUCAUUGGCGCGCGCGUCAACGUGUUCAAUCAUCGCUUCGUCAUUACCGGCGCCGAUUUAUUCGUGUAUCGCUACGUCGAGGCGAACCACGACAAAUUCUGUCCGGAAGUCCGGGAGAACCUGCGCAAUUAUUUUCUACAACAGGGUAUGCUACAGGACGACGUGGACGUUGAGGCGAGAAAGAUACAAAAGAUGGAGGAUGAGCAGAAGCUCUUUGCGGAACGUAACGUAAUCGCGGAAAACGUCGAGGAUUAUGUUAGCGCGAGCAAAUGCACGGACGAAAAGUUCGAUAUGAUUGGUCAUAAAGAAUUGACAACGGCUUAAUUAAUUAAUUAACGCAUAAAUGGAUUUAUCGGUGUUUUCAAUAUACCGAUCCGUCAAUCAAUUCAAACCUAUGAGGCUUGCUAAUAAAUUUUACAAGCAA